AUGGCCGACCGAGGAUAUUCCACCCUGACCAAGCUCGGCUUGGGCGCCCUGACCUUCAACUCGGCGCUCGCCAUCUACAACUCCUGCGGUGACGCCGGCUCCGUGGCGUUCGUGCUCCGCGCGGACGCAGCGCUCGUGCUGCUCUUCCUCUGCCUCCCAGCCAGCAAGCCUCGUGUGCCUUCAAAGCUCAACCCCCCAAAGGAGACAAUCUUGUACCGCCUGCAAGCUAUCGUCUUAGGAUGGAGCAUCAGAGAGUCGCCGGCGUGGGGAGCCGUCCUCCGCACCGUGACCGGCGCCUCAGCCAUCUACACAGCAGCGGCGGCAGGGGACGUCGCUUCCGUAGCUUUCGUGAUCGUCAGCUACGGCGCUCUCCUGCCGCUGCUCCGCUUCCUUCGCGCCUACGAGGUGGCGCCGACGGAGGCUGAGGCGCAGGGUCUGGGCGCUCUGCACGCUGCUCACCGCCAUGUUCGCGUGGAAGGUUGCCGGCGUGAUGACGUGGCCCGUCGCGGUGGGCGUCUGGGCCGCGGCUGCCGUGACGUCUGCUGGUGGUUUCGUUCUCCUCUUUCGUCAGCAGCGUCGACGCCUCUGAGCACUGCACCUGCACCUGAGUGA